AUGUUGGAUGAAUACGAUUCAGAGCUGCAAGAAAUCAAUAAGGAACGUCGGAGGCUGACUCAUAGCACAGCUUCAUCUGUCGAUUCUCAAUCCAGUCAUUCUCGACGUAGAAACGUUCCUAUGAUGUAUCAGAUGUAUGAAAGCCAGUAUGAUGAUCUACGUGGAACAGUGUAUGGUCCAACAUCCCCCGAGUUUCAUCCCGUUCAAGCAUGUGAAGUUUUGAAGAAAUCUUUCAGUGGCUUAGAAACAAAAGAUCAAGUCAUAAUCCAUACUAUACUUUUUCAUGAUAACUUCCAGAGACAAAAAAUAAUGAAUGCUUAUGAAGAUUUAUAUGGAAAAAGUCUAUUAGAUGAUUUGGAAGAGGAAUGCGGGGGUUAUUUUCUAGAAAUGGUGCAAGCUCUUCUCCGGCCGGCUCAUCACUAUGAUUCUCACAACUUAUACAAAUCCAUCUCGAACAGAUACGGAGAUCGCUCAGUGGCCAUCGAGAUUGCCUGUACGAGAUCAGCUCGGCAACUGCGAGUGAUUCGGGAGACAUACGCAGCAGAUUACAAAAAAUCCCUAGAAAAAGACAUAUCAGUGAAGGUGGAAGGGUCAGUGGGUCGGAUAUUGACUUUGUUGCUUACGAAACCUCGCGAAGAACCAGGAAAAAAGCUUUCAGAGGAGUUGAUAAAUGAGCACGUAGAAAUCUUCAUGAAAAACUCUAUUGAAGAAAUAGCGAAAAAUAUAAGCUUUUUCGAAAGUCUAUUCAUUGGUAAUUCUUGGAAACACAUGGCUGCCGUUUUUGAUAAAGUGGACGAACGGAAAAAAGAAGAUAAAGACCUUGAGACCGUGAUUCGACGUAACAAAACAGUGCAUUCGGAAAUAAAAAUGAUAAUGUUGACUUGUGUCAGAGCAUCAAGGAACAUGCAGUUGUACUUUGCGGAAAAACUCAGGGCUGCCAUGAGUGGAGAACGGCCAGAUCAUUCGACUAUCAUACGGAUUUGCGUGAGUCGAAGCGAGAUGGACUUGUUCGAUAUAUGCGAAGAGUACAAGAGGAAGUAUCACAGAGCUCUUGAAUAUGAUAUACAGCAAACAUGUUCCGGAGAAUAUCUCCGCCUGAUAAUUUCUCUUUUGUCUGGUUCUUCUAACAACAACAACAACACUAUAUAUCCAUAA